CACUCUCCUUACUUGGUUCAGAGUAUAUAUACCUCCACAAAGAAGAAAGCUCAAACAGUUUUUGAUAUUUUAGAUUCUUUAUCUACAUUUUGGAUUGUCGGUGAAUUAGAAUAGAAGGGAAGGAUGUCAAGCACUGCUGGUCAGGUCAUACGUUGUAAAGCUGCUGUUGCAUGGGAAGCAGAGAAGCCGCUUGUGAUUGAAGAAGUGGAGGUGGCACCACCACAAGUAGAUGAAGUUCGUCUGAAAAUUCUCUAUACUGCUCUUUGCCAUACCGAUGUUUUCUUUUGGGAAGCCAAGGGACAGAACCCUCUGUUUCCUAGAAUCUUUGGGCAUGAGGCAGGAGGGAUCGUGGAGAGUGUUGGUGAGGGCGUGAAGGAUUUGAAGCCAGGCGAUCAUGUCCUCCCAGUGUUCACUGGGGAAUGCAAAAAAUGUGCGCACUGUAAAUCAGAAGAGAGCAACCUGUGUGAGCUCCUGAGGAUAAAUACUGACAGGGGGGUGAUGCUGAGUGAUGGAAAAUCUAGAUUUUCUAUCAAUGGAAAGCCCAUUUACCAUUUUCUUGGGACUUCUAGCUUCAGUGAGUACACAGUGGUUCACAUAGGCUGUGUUGUCAAGAUCAAUCCCCUGGCUCCUCUUGACAAAGUUUGUAUUCUCAGUUGUGGAAUCUCCACAGGCCUUGGUGCCACUCUGAAUGUUGCAAAACCGAAAAAAGGCUCGACGGUGGCUAUCUUUGGAUUGGGAGCCGUCGGCCUUGCUGCUGCUGAGGGGGCCAGGAUUUCUGGGGCUUCAAGAAUUAUUGGUGUUGAUUUACAUCCAAAUAGAUUUGAACUAGCACACAAGUUUGGUGUAACUGAGUUGGUGAACCCAAAAGACCACAAGAAACCAAUUCAGGAGGUAAUAGCAGAGAUGACAGACGGAGGAGUGGACAGAAGCGUGGAAUGCACAGGGAAUGUUGAUGCCAUGAUUUCUGCAUUUGAAUGUGUUCAUGAUGGUUGGGGGCUCGCCGUUAUUGUGGGUGUGCCUAGACAAGAUGCUGUCUUUAAGACUAACCCCGUGAACUUUUUGAAUGGGAGGACUCUCAAGGGUACCUUUUUUGGUAACUACAAGCCUCGCUCUGACCUUCCCUCGGUCGUGGAGCAAUACAUGAACAAGGAACUUGAGGUGGAGAAGUUCAUCACCCAUAAAGUUCCUUUUUCGGAUAUAAACAAGGCCUUUGAGUACAUGCUGAGAGGAGAAGGCCUUCGAUGCGUCAUUCGCAUGGUGGACGAAUAGGGAAGCUUUCAUGUUGUGCCCCUUAAUAAGUGAAGCCCGAUCUUGUUGUCCCCAAAAUUCUCUGUUCAAAAAGUCAAGCAGGCUAAUCGCAUUGUUGCAUCUCUUUUUUUUUUUUAUCUUGGUGGCUGCCAGUUCAUGGAUGUAAACUGUGCAAAUAUCCCUAUAGAGUAUGGUGGGAUGACCAUCUUUUCCCAUAUCUAGAGUUCAUCUGUUUGUUUUUGUUA